GAAGGAAGGACGGAUUAGAAGAUAGACACGUAUCUCAGAGCAACCGAACCACCUUCCCCUGUUCCCCUUUCCCCUAUUUUUCAACUUCUUUUUUUUCUUCUUCUUAUUCGUUUCCAUUCCCAGCCAUAAUCACUGCUAGCUUUUACCGCCGACAAUGGCCGACAAGUACAACCUCAAGAACCCCGCCGUCAAGCGGAUCCUCCAGGAGGUCAAGGAGAUGCAUUCCAACCCCUCGGACGAUUUCAUGAGCCUACCUCUCGAGGAAAAUAUAUUUGAGUGGCAAUUUGCGAUCAGAGGGCCUCGUGAUACUGAAUUUGAGGGUGGUAUUUAUCAUGGACGGAUCCAGCUGCCUUCAGAGUAUCCAUUCAAACCCCCUUCGUUUAUGUUGUUGACACCUAAUGGUCGUUUCGAGACUCAAACCAAGAUUUGCUUGAGCAUUUCAAAUCAUCACCCUGAGCAUUGGCAACCAUCAUGGAGCGUGAGGACUGCUCUAGUUGCACUGAUUGCUUUCAUGCCAACCAACCCAAAUGGUGCAUUGGGAUCUUUAGACUACAAGAAAGAAGAGAGGCGUACCCUGGCUCUAAAAUCUCGUGAAGGUCCUCCUAAAUUUGGGACUCCUGAACGUCAAAAGCUGAUUGAUGAGAUACACGAGUACAUGUUAAGCAAGGCACCCCCAGUUCCUCAACCAAGCGCAACAGAGGCUUCCGAUGAGCACCCCAGAAAUGAGGAGGCUGAGGCCCUAGUUGAUUCACCUAAUUCUGAGUCCUUACCAGCUGGAGAGAGGAUUCCAGAUCAAGAAGGUGAUGGAAUUGUUGAAGAACAAGAAGUCCUUGCAAAUGCUAACCCUGCAGGAGUUGAAGUAUCAAGGGAGAUUCAAUCAAAUGUUUCAAGGAAUGAGCUGCCCCAAAGGUCAGAUACAACUGCAAGGGUUCACAAUCCCAGGCCAGAGACAAGGGUCCAGAAACCUGAUGAUAGGCUGUUCACGUUGGCAGCUAUCGGACUUGCUAUUGCUAUUGUGGUCCUUUUGCUCAAAAAGUUCAUUAAAUCUACCGAACAUGGGGCACUUUUCUCCAAUGGAUCUUGAGACAUUUGUGUUGCUGAUGUUGGUUUCAGAUAUUAAAGAUCUUAGCCUUAUGCAGUGAAUAGAAAUAUAGAGAGCUCUCUAAUCUCUAGACUCAGAGGUGGUUUUAUUUUUAUUUUUUAUUUUGUUAUACUCUCUUUGUAAUUAUGGUAAUAUAGGUGUGCUCCUGCGAUAAAUUGAGAAGGAGCACGCCCUUUGCUUCUACUUUAUCAUGUGGAGUAGCUAUUAUUCCCCUUUCCAAAUGCUGUGUAACUUGAUAUAUAUGGAUCGACCGAAAUUUAUCAUCAGUGUCUGGUUAUCGUAAAUCUGAUUAUGCCCA